AUGGCAAGGCGAAUUAAGCUUUUAUUCCUUGGCGUGAUGGCCUUUACCAUCUCCAUCCUGCUUUACUCGUCCCGUCUGCGCCAGUCACACACCCCCGACCAGCGGACGAUACAGGACUUCUACCACAAGACGAAGUCGGCGCUGGAUAAGCUGUCCCCGUUAGACACACUUGGCACAAGCGUCAAUGGCGAGAAGGGCGCUCCUGUCGUCGUUGACAUGGACGCCGAUGGUGAUAUUGACGAGGACGAUGUGCGCUUGGCCCGCGAGAUGGCCGACCGGCUUCGAGCGGCCGAGCAGCAGGCCAAGGACCUGGCCAACGCCAAGUCACCGAACAAGCCGGACCUGCCCAGCAACUUGGUAGGCGUGGGCAGCUCAGCCAGCGGACAGAAGCAGGAGGUUGCCGAGAGCUCCGAGGGCACCGAGUCAGAGACGGAACAUGCGGCAGAGGAGGAGCUUGACAUCAUUAUCAAGAAGGCGCCGGUUAUCAUUUUCUCCAAGACUUACUGCCCGUAUUCGAAACGCGCCAAGGGCCUGCUGCUCGACAAGUACUCCAUCGAUCCGGCGCCAUUUGUCGUCGAGCUCGACAUUCACCCUCUGGGUGCGGCACUGCAAGCACGGCUAGGCAAACUGACUGGCCGGCGCACCGUUCCCAACAUCCUUGUCGGUGGCAAGAGCAUCGGCGGUGGCGACGACAUUGCCGAGCUAGACCGUAAGAAGGCGCUAGUGGACAGGGUCAAGUCAUUGGCUGGCAACGGUCUAGAGAUGAAAGAACGGCUGUCGGCCUGA